CUUAUUGUUAUUUCGCUCUUGCACUUUUUCUUGUCGAAGACGUUUUUUGGCGGCAUUGACGUUGUCAAAGACAAAGGUUGCCGCAGGCAUUCUUCCUUUGUUCGCUCAAACAGCCCUCGUUUCCACAUUUUUACCCCACCUCAGGCCCCACCCCAACCGCAACAACACUAAAAGCUCGAUGAGAACAAGUCGAGCAUCAAAGUAUCCCGUCAAGUAUGUUAGUUGGAUCAAAACCGCUUCCGAGGAAAGAAGAUUGUCCGCACAAAUCUGGCAAACGGCAUCGCUGGCGGGCUUAAGUAGAUUCUCAUUCUUUCCCCAUUCUUGGAAAAAUACUUAGAACCACUGAACACCGCUGCAAUUAGCUCCUACUUCCCCUUACUUCCACUAGUACGUACAUCAUUUCCCCCCUCCACGUCGCUCACCACGCGCUCACGACUCUCUUGUGAAAAUGUCUUCGACGUGGAUGCCCCAGUUGAAGCCUUACAAUGGCAAUCCGACGAAAGGCGAGAUCCGGGCGGUGGCGGACGAGUAUCGGCGGAGCUCCGCCAAAAGGAUGACCAGCAUUGAGGUGGAGCAGGCGGUCCACCUCUGGCGAAAGGAACUUCAGGAAAAAAUCGACCGCCACCAGCGGCGUGUCACCCACCUGGACACCAUCGACCUGUCCUCCCAAAAAAUCGGCAACCGGGGGGUCGAGUGGUAUGGCCGCGUUCUCAACUGUUACAUUCUCAACUGUUACGCAAAUUUGUGAUGCAAGAAUGGCAAAAGUGAAAGGAAGGACCUUCCGCGUCUUGCAUGACAGAAUUGGCACAGAUUCUCAGCCUGUUUGGCCGUCUGAAAGUUUGUCAUGCGAAGCAGCUACUUGAUGGCGUCGAUAGUUAAGGCAAUUGUGCAUGGCAAAUCAUGUAACAGCUGAGAUGAAUGUAACUUUUGAGAGCCCCAUAACUGCCUCUUCAACUUUUUGAACGACUUCGACAUCGGGUGCUCGGUCCUAUCAAAUGGAAAAAUGUCUGGGUCUGGAAGAAUGCAACUUGUGAUGCUGCCUUUGGAUGUCUAAAAAAUUUGUGUUGCAUGAGCAGCAAAAGAAUUCUAAUUUUUGCUACGCGGAGAGGGCAUCUGUCAUGCGGAUUAGGCAUCAAGAAUCCCUCAAAAAACCUGUGAUGCUAGGGCAUGCAUCACAGACCAGACAUCAUGGGUCAUGCAAACCGUGCAUGACAAGUCUCAGAAUUUUCCGGACCCAGACACUUUUGCAUUUGAUAGGUCCUGAAGCUGUACAAAAACGACCUCGGAGACGAGGCCAUGCGUGCUUUAGCAAUCUUCCUCCGGAGAUGCAAAACCCCGGUGCACGAAAUCCACCUGUCCGACACCUACAUCACGGAGGAAGGCCUCUCAGUCGUCUUGAAAGCCGUCGCGGAGCUGGAGCGCUACCCCAGGGUGACGCUCACCGGGAAGGGGGAGGUCGCCACGCAGAGUAUGUAUUUGCGAAUAAACGACUGCCAGAUCGACUACAAUAAGAUCGAUGAAAACUUUCACGAAGAGUUGCGGUGUAUGCGCAACUGCGUGAUCCCGAAUUGGUCUUCUAGAACACGAAAAAACGGCGUUGUACAACUACAACCAGGAGGGACCUCCGUAAAGAACACUAGCACUAACAACGAUAGAGCGGAAGUGUUUCGCUCGGUGGGCAACACGAUCACGAGUCUGGGGCUGGACAAGCGCAGGUACAAGCUAUCCGACUUAGGGCUCUCUCUCCGGGACGAGUCCGAUUUCCCGGGCAUCCUGCAGGUCUUGCUAUUACAGUGAAAAAUGCCCCCUACCCCUGAAAUUGCAAAAACUUGUAAUGCAACAUUUCCAAAUGAAAAUUUUUUGUCAUGCAUGAAAGGAGUAUGAAUCUUUCUGAUGCACCAGAGUCUAGGCGUGUAUCGCAUCGCUUGCAUGACAAGCGCCGCUCCUGCUGGGGUCUUUUGCAAUGCAAAUUUUUGCUAUUCACGAGUGGAAACCUGUGAUGCUGAUAGAUGCAAGAGGGCGAGUGUUUCACUUGGAAAGGUUUGCAAUACAAAUGCUCCCAAGUUCGGGAGUGGGGGCAUUUUUCAUUGUAAUACUUGCCGCAAGACAUCCCGAUGGUGAUUCUGUUCAAAUUGAAGGACCAGUACGAGUACAAAAUGAAAGACGAAGACUUGCCGACUGGCGUGAAAGAACGCCUAGUGGUGGAUUAUAGUGCCGGUGCAGCUGCUGCUGCACAAAUUUCCUGCUCCUCAUCUUCCCCCGGUGGAAGUAGAGGUGCAUCUGGCGUUCAAGUUCAUCUCCCCAUCCCCUCCCCAAGCACGACCGCCGGCUCUAGUAGUUCUCUUUCCGCGUUGUACCAAACUCCUAUACCCUCGCCCGCAAGCUCGUCCACCUCCAUGAUCACAGCCCCACGGAGCUACACCCGCCCGCCUUUCGGCGUUCUGACCUCGAUGGAGUCCUGGAUGCGACCGAGGAAGCUGACGGUGUCAAGCAGGACGAAGGACUCGGGAAUCGACAUCCAACCGAGGCCGCCGGCUUUUCCCACACCGGAGGUCAGCGUCGUCUUUCAGCCCAACUCAAGGGACAAUCGGAAAAAGGAUGUUGCGGGACGUGGGGCUACUUCUACAGCUGCUGGUGGUGAAACAAACGAAAAGAUAAAGGACGACUGGGAUCACAAAAGCCCGGUUGCACUUGGCGAAGUGCGGAACAAAAAAGAGUUUGGCGCUGGUAUCGUCGUCCCUACGGCCGCAAAGGGGAGGAUAAACAGCGGGACUUCGGCAAAUGUACAACGCGUAAUUCUUGUUUGUCACGCUUUGCGCAUGGAAACUGAAAGAUCUGCGGUUAUUUUCGUUUGUCAAGACCGUGAUCGAGCUCAACUCAUCUUCGUGGGAACAAUAAAAUCCUUUUCGUAAUAAUAAAACACGACAGGUCUCCACGACUUCCUCCAACGGUGCUGCGCCCUCCUCUUCCUCCACCUCCCGUCCCACCCGCAGCCCCCCGCCUGACCCCUCGAUCAUUCAGCCCACGGUCAUCAACCAGGGUGCUCCUCUCUCUCCCACUCCCAGUCGUGGCGGCCGGGCAGGUGGACAACAAGGAAUGCGGAACGUCGGUGAAGUGACCGUAGUCGGCGGACAAACGUCAAGAACGUCGACGAGGUGGGCCGACAUAUACGAUACCAGCAGCGCCGCCGACGGAGCGAGCACACCAGAACUCUCUUUGCCUGACCCAUCUUCAACCGGAAGAAUGCACGGCGAGAGUGGCGGAGCUGUCACUGGAGGAACAAAUUGUCAUCCUGUCACUACGCGCACAAACGGAACAAACGAGUCAGGGUCGGCGCUUGCAACUGCGCAUUUCGCGACACAGUCAGGCAAGAACACGGGUAAGUAUACAAAACACGCACUCUCCUUGCGUGAUCUUCUUGAUUUUGAUUGGAUGAUGACUACUUCCUUUCGUUCUUGACGCGGAUGCGCUAUUAAUUUUUUGACCUCUUUCAACAAUCGAAAGCUGUAGUUUUUAGGACUGGGUAACUAGACUGAGGUGCCGCCCAUGCUGUUUGGUCUGAUGGAUGUUUACGCGCGCAAGCGGUCUCGACGAAUUGGUUGGACAUACUGUGUGGCUCAGCCGCUGGAGGCGGCGAGUCGGUCGAGAACCUUACGCGGCCGCAGGUGACUGAGAUUGGCAUGACCGUCGUCACGCCGGGAGGGAUGCCGUACAGGCCUCCUUUCCCUAUUCUCUUGGUCUUUUUCUGCCCACCCUGACUCUGACCCUCUCUAGGGCCAGACCUGUCAUGGCCUCCAGUGAGGCGUCAGGAGUCUCUCUGUACGGUCUUUGUCUUGCCACGGCACGUGUGCAUGCAUCCUUACGACAACGUACCACCGCCCUUCCAAGAGUAUAGUCUAGCUCACAUCAGAGCCGAAGGCUAUGUGUGCUCUAGGGGUGAGGCCCACUGCCCGCCCCGCCACUUCUGAAGGACGCUCUCGGUGCGUUUCAGCGUUCGGGUGUGUGCUCGCGCACCACCAAACGGCGACCCCACCCCCCUUCGGGGGGCGGGGGCCGCUGUAGGCAUCCAUCGGUCCGUGAAUGGACGAAGACCAUACAGUAUGGGCAUUGGCACCUGCAUAAUAGUUACUUUAGUGUAGUCUUCAUUAUCAUUUCUCUUGUUUGAACGAACAAAAAAAAAACCUUCAACAGCCGAGUCCACCCCAUCUCCCGUGCUAACCCCGUCCCCGAUCUUGACCCCGAACCUGGAAAACUGCCCAGAAUUGACUGAUGACCAGCUCCAGCAUUUGAUCCAGCUGGUAAAAGUGGACCUGGUGGAGUGCAACUGCCACGACGCCCCGACUGCGGUGAUUGAGGAGGCGAUCCGGCACUUAUCAAAUGCAAAAAUGUCUCGGUCUGGAAGAAAGCAUGUUUGUCAUGCUUGUCUGGCAUGACUCUUAAAUCUGUCAUGCACGUUACCCAAGAGCUCCACUUUUCUGUGAUGCAGAAACGCAGUUUGUCAUGUCACACCUAGAAGCUCAGAAACUUCAACUUGUCAUGCUGAGCCAGCACUUGUGGCCUCAUCAUGAGACGCCACCCAGCAUCACAAGUUUCCAGACCCAGACAUUUUUACACUUGAUAGCAUUUUGGGCCUUACGAACUGAUCAAGGUAGCCGAGUACGUGAUUCAGUACAUGCAGAUGGAGACGGAGCGGGUGGUUUCCCGAGUAGAAGUGCCAGUAGAGAUGACCAGGAUGCAGUGACUCAUGUAGUUUAAAGAUGCUUGUUCCGAGAGUGCCAGACAGGCACAGGAACGAAGUUUGACGAUAGAUUAUCAUACGAAUGAAAUCAUACUAAAAUGAAGAAAGCAAGGGACGAAGCUGAAGCUUCGAGAAACAACUUUUGGUCGUCGUUCUUGGCACGUAAUUGUAGUUCCAACUGUAGAGCAUCAACAUAAAGUUGUCGAUAGUACGCAGCGGCAGCUCCUUUGGAAAUAAAGAUUCAAAUGCUACAAUACGACUUGGUAAUUGAGUGUCCCCGUCCGCAUGAUCUUGGCACUUCCGCGGUUGCGACCGAAAAAACAAAAUGAAAAGAACAGCCUUUGUAAUGGUAGUUCGAUAAGACGAGAGACUAACAUCAAUGCUGGAAGUCUGCCAAACAUAAUCAUCCAAGGAGUUGUGACGAGUUUAAUCGAUUGAUAUGAACGGAAAAUGAAGAUGAACAUUUUGCGAAUGCGACAUGCUACGGCGCAUGCAAAGGAACGACUUCCGCUCAAAUGAAAUUUGAUGCCUGCGG